CCUUCGAUAUUCGCCACCACUGACUGCUGGUUAGCUCAUCAUUAGUCCACAAUCCUCAGUACUCACGCAAAUUUGGAGCAGCAGUCGCCGACGCCUCGCUGGUGGAAAUGGGGAAGAAAGCCAUCCGAUACGCCGUGGUGGAUGCCUUCGCGACCGAGCCGUUCAAGGGCAACCCCGCCGCGGUGUGCCUCCUCGAAGGGGAGAUCGCCGCCGCGGCCGGGGACGACCGGUGGAUGCAGUCCGUCGCCACCGAGUUCAACCUUUCGGAGACCGCCUUCCUCGUCCGCGACUCCUCCCGUCCAGCCGGCGCCGCCCCGCGCUUCCACCUCCGAUGGUUCACUCCCGUCACCGAGGUCGAGCUAUGCGGGCACGCGACGCUGGCCUCUGCCCACUUCCUCUUCACUACAGUUCUCGCGGAGGAUGGCAUGAUCGAGUUCAUGACCAAGUCCGGUGUGCUGACCGCAAAGAAAGUUCCUGCUGCCCAGGGGAGCACCCGCAUCGUCCCGGGUGAGGAGCAGGGGAAGCUGUUUAUUGAGCUGGAUUUCCCCAUGAUUGAUUUCCUAGAUUGCGACGAGAUGCCAUCCAUCCCGGAGACCCUGAACCGGGCAUCAAUCGUCAGCGUUCACAGAUCGGCGGCCGACGGCGAUCUCAUUGUGGAACUUUCUUCGGGAAAGGAGGUUGCUGACAUCGUUCCUAACAUCGAUGAGAUCAGAAAAUUGUCCUGCGGAGGUGUUAUGCUUACAGGACCAGCACCUGCUGGAUCUGGUUAUGACUUCUUCACACGUUUAUUCUGCCCGAAAUUUGGGAUGGAUGAGGACCCUGUUACUGGCAGUAUACAUUGUGUACUGGGACCCUAUUGGGGCAGGAAGCUUGGGAAGCAAAAACUGACGGCAUUUCAAGCAUCUCCAAGGGGUGGAACACUGUACCUGGAACUGGAUGAUGCAAACCGGAGAGUGAAAAUCCAGGGAGAAACUGUUACUGUCGUGGCUGGGACAGUGCUGGCGUAACAUGUCAUCUACUCAGGCAUGUUUUGUAGGAAAAGGAGUUGUAAUAUGAGCUACGGUGUGGCCAAUUAGGCUAUGCUACUAUGUACUGGUUUGAGAGUAAAAUAGUUAAGGGGAAUAAAAAUGUUGAUCCUUUUUUUCGCUUGAGAGAAAACCCGAACUCUCCUAUGAAUACCUGAACAAUGUCAACAAAAUAACCUAGUCUACCCCAACUUGCUUGGGAAGUUCAAAUAAGCAUGUUAAUGAUGAAA